AUGUCGACCCCCAAGAAAAACUUCCACGUCGCCAUUGUCGGCGGCGGCAUCGCCGGCGUGACCCUGGCCAUCGCGCUGCACCACCGCAACAUCUCCGUGACCAUCUACGAGCAAGCGCACGCCUUCUCCGAAGUCGGCGCGGGGGUCUCGUUCAGCCCAAACGCGGUGCAGGCGAUGAAGUUCUGCCACGACGGCAUCUACAGCGCCUUCGAGAAGGUGUGCACGCGCAACCUGUGGCCGUCCAAGCAGAAGGUCUGGUUCGACUACCUGGACGGCUACAACUACAGCAAGGGCGCGGACGAGACGGGCGCCGACCAGCGCCGCCAGGACAUCGAGUUCACCAUCUCCAACAGCCUGGGCCAGAACGGCGUGCACCGCGCGCACUUUUUGGAUGAGCUGAUCAAGCUCGUGCCGCAGGAGAUCUGCCGCUUCAAGCGCCGGCUGGAGGACAUCCACGAGCGCCUCCGCGACGGCAAGCUCAUCCUCAAGUUCGCAGACGGGUCCGAGGAAGAGGCCGACGUGGUCAUCGGCUGCGAUGGCAUCAAGUCCCAGGUGCGCCAGAUCAUCGUCGGCGCCGACCAUCCGUCCGCGAAGCCCUCGUACACGCACAAGUACGCCUAUCGCGGGUUGGUGCCGAUGGAGAAGGCGGUCGAGGCCAUUGGGGAGGAGCUGGCUUCGAAUUCGUGUAUGCAUAUGGGCCCCGGCGGCCACAUGCUCACCUUCCCCGUCAACGGCGGCAAGACGCUCAACAUCGUCGCCUUCCACACCAACCCCGCCGACUGGGCCGAGUACCCCCAACUCACCCGGCAGGGCACCCGCGAAGAGGCCCUGAAGGACUUCGAAGGCUUCGGCCCGAACGUGAUCAACCUGCUCAAGCUGACUGAAUCCGAUCUCAGCGUGUGGGCCAUCUUCGACCUAAACGACCACCCCGUCCCAACCUUCCACAAAGGCCGGGUCGUGAUCUCCGGCGACGCCGCCCACGCGACCUCGCCGCACCACGGCGCGGGCGCCGGCUUCUGCAUCGAGGACACCGCCGUGCUGGCGACGCUGCUGCAGGACGAGCGCGUGCGCACCCACGCCGACCUGGCGGCGGCGUUCGCCGCCUUCGACGCCAGCCGCCGCGAGCGGUCGCAGUGGCUGGUGCGCAGCUCGCGGUUCAUCGGGGACUGCUACGAGUGGCGGGCCGAGGGCGUGGGGCGGGACUUCCAGAAGAUUGAGGAGGAGAUCAAUCGCCGGAAUGGGGUGAUUGCGAAUGUGGAUGUCGCGAAAAUGGUGGACGAGGCGCAGCAGGAGUUGGGAAGGCGGUUGGCCGUGGCUGGCGGGAGUAAGGCUUCUUUGUAG